CAGAAGUGUGUCGUUUAAGGUCAUUGCCGGCUGUUUGAAGAGCUGUGAUGCCUGACGGAGACACGCUUCCACAUCAGCAGUGACACCUCAUCCAGCUUUAGGGACAACAGCCCGUCCUCGGCAGAGCCCCCCUCAGCAUGCCCAGGCUGCCAAAACAUUCCCUGGACCCUCCCUGUGCUGCUUUUGGCUUGGGCUCUCCACUGGGACAAAUCCUCAAGGGUCAUUUUGUCACUCCCUGAACAGCCCGUGGGUCACAGAUGCUGCAGCCCCUUGGAAAGGCAUCAGGGAGGUGACACACAGGACCCUGGAGAAGUGACAACAGGAGCCAGGAGAGGUGACACACAGGAGCCAGGAGAGGUGACAACAGGACCCAGGAGAGGUGACAGCAGGACCCAGGAGAGGUGACACACAGGAGCCAGGAGAGGUGACACACGGGACCCUGGAGAGGUGACAGCAGGACCCAGGAGAGGUGACACACAGGAGCCAGGAGAGGUGACACACAGGACCUAGAAGAGGUGACACACAGGACCUAGAAGAGGUGACACACAGGACGCAGGAGAGGUGACAGCAGGACCCAGGAGAGGUGACACACAGGACCUAGAAGAGGUGACACACAGGACCCGGGAGAGGUGACAGCAGGACCCGGGAGAGGUGGCAGCAGGAGCUGGCAGUGAGGAGCAGCGAGCAGGGCCCUGGUGACAGUGAGGACCCUGUUGGUGCCCAGGACAUCCCCGCACCUGCUGGAGCGAUGCCAGCUGCUGCUUAGCACCCCAGGAAGGGAUGGGGAGUCCCCCCCCUUGAGCACCCCGCUGUCCCCUCCCGUGCUGGCUCCCCUGGCCCCGGGAGCCCGCAGUGAUGUGACCUGUGCUCGGCACAGCCCCAGCCCUGUUGGGAGCCUCCCCCAGGCAGCCCAGCCAUGAUGUGCGAGGUGAUGCCCACCAUCAGCGAGGGGGACCCGCUGGGGCCCCCCCAGGGCUCGGAAGCGGACGCUGACUUCGAGCAGCUGAUGGUGAACAUGCUGGAUGAGAGGGACAAGCUGCUGGACACGCUGCGGGAGACGCGCGAGACGCUCGCCGUCACCCAGAGCCGGCUGCAGGAGACGCUCCGGGAGCGGGACCAGCUCCAGAGGCAGCUGAACUCGGCACUGCCGCAGGAGUUUGCGACGCUGACGCGGGAGCUCAGCACCUGCCGGGAGCAGCUCCUGGAGAGGGAGGAGGAGAUCUCGGAGCUGAAAGCCGAGCGCAACAACACCCGGCUCCUGCUGGAGCACCUGGAGUGCCUGGUGUCACGGCACGAGCGUUCCCUCAGGAUGACUGUGGUCAAGCGCCAGGCCCAGUCGCCAUCUGGGGUGUCCAGUGAGGUCGAGGUGCUCAAGGCACUCAAGUCACUCUUUGAGCAUCACAAGGCACUGGAUGAAAAGGUGAGGGAACGCCUGCGGGCAGCCUUGGAGCGAGUGGCCACCUUGGAGGAGCAGCUCGUGGAUGCCCAUCGGCAGGUGGCAGCUCUGCAGCAGGGCUCUGCCCGGGAGCCUGCGGCGGGCGAGCGCGAGGAGAGGGAGCCCAAGGAGCCGGCCCCGAAGCUUCCCUGGAAGCGUCUCUCCAAUGGCUCUGUCCACUCAGAUGAUGAGGCUGGGCGGGUGGUGGAGCUGCAGGAGCUCCUGGAGAAGCAGAAUUUUGAAGUGGUCCAGGCCAAGGAGAGAAUCUCUGCCUUGGCUGCCAGCGUGGCUGAGCUGGAGGAAGAUCUGGGCACCGCCAGGAAGGAUCUGAUCAAAUCUGAGGAGAUGAGCAGCAAGUACCAGAGAGACCUCCGAGAGGCCCUGGCACAGAAGGAGGACAUGGAGGAGAGGAUCACCACGCUGGAAAAACGGUACCUGGCAGCCCAGAGAGAGGCCACCUCCAUCCACGACCUCAAUGACAAACUGGAGAACGAGCUGGCCAACAAGGAGUCCCUGCACCGCCAGUGCGAGGAGAAGGCACGGCACCUGCAGGAGCUGCUGGAGCUGGCGGAGCAGAAGCUGCAGCAGACCAUGAGGAAGGCAGAGACGCUGCCCGAGGUGGAGGCAGAGCUUGCCCAGCGCAUUGCUGCCCUCACCAAGGCAGAAGAGAGGCAUGGGAGCAUUGAGGAGCACCUCCGGCAGCUGGAGGCCCAGCUGGAGGAGAAGAACCAGGAGCUGGCCAGGGCCCGGCAGAGGGAGAAGAUGAAUGAGGAGCACAACAAGCGGCUCUCAGACACCGUGGAUCGGCUGCUGAGCGAGUCCAACGAGCGGCUGCAGCUGCACCUCAAGGAGAGGAUGGCAGCCCUGGAGGAGAAGAAUACAUUGUUACAAGAGCUGGAAAAUACCCAAAAGCAGAUAGAGGAACACCAGCACGACAAGCGGCGUUUGUCCGACGAGAUCGACAAGCUGAGGCUGGAGGUGGAUCAGCUCAAGACCAGGAGUGGGACGUUUGUGGAGAGUGUGCACACCAGGUCCCACAUGGGCAGUGCCACUGACCUGCGCUUCCCGCUGGGAGCUGUGGUCCACGCCCCAGCCGAGCCCUUCGGAGCAGCUCCGGGGCUGCCCCGGGCACAGAAGGGACGGUUCGGUGCCCGGAGAGAGGAGCCAGCCAAGGACUGGGAGCAGGCCCAGGCAGGUGGGGUCCUGGCCACGGGGCCUCACGCCUUCGACAGCGACCCCGACAUCUCCGACAUGGAUGAGGACGACCGCGAGACGCUGUUCAGCUCCAUGGAUGUCCUCUCUCCUGGUGGGCAUUCAGAUGCUCAGACAUUGGCCAUGAUGCUUCAGGAGCAGCUGGAUGCCAUCAACGAAGAGAUCAGGAUGAUCCAGGAGGAGAAGGAGUCCACGGAGCUCCGCGCAGAGGAGCUGGAGACACGGGUCACGAGCGGCAGCAUGGAGGGCCUGAACCUCACCCAGCUGUGCAAGAGGGCCUCCAUCCCCACCUCUCUGACAGCCCUGUCCCUGGCCAGCUCAUCCCCACCGCUCAGCGGCCGCUCCACGCCCAAGCUGAGCUCCCGCAGCGCCGCGCAGGACCUGGACCGCAUGGGGAUCAUGACGCUGCCCAGCGACUUGAGGAAGCACCGGAGGAAACUGCUAUCGCCUGCAGCUCGGGAUGAGAGCCGGGAGGACAAAACCACCAUCAAGUGUGAGACGUCCCCGCCGUCGUCACCCAGAGCACUGCGGCUGGAGAAGCUGGGCCACCCUGCCCUGAGCCAGGAGGAUGGCAAGAGCUCACUGGAGGAGCAGGCCAGCAAUCCCAGCAGCAGCCAAGACUCCUUGCACAAGGGUUCCAAGAGGAAGGGGAUCAAGUCUUCCAUCGGGCGCCUGUUUGGGAAGAAAGAGAAGGGUCGCUUGAUCCAGCUGAGCAGAGAAGGGGCCACGGGGCAGGCAGUGCUGCUGACUGACGUGGAGGGAGGCAUCCAGGACCCCCUGGGACUGGGCAAGCUGGGGGCUCAGGCCGAGAAGGACCGGCGCCUGCGGAAGAAGCAUGAACUCCUGGAAGAGGCUCGGAGGAAAGGAUUGCCCUUUGCCCACUGGGAUGGCCCCACUGUUGUGUCCUGGCUGGAGCUCUGGGUAGGGAUGCCAGCCUGGUACGUGGCUGCGUGCCGGGCCAACGUCAAGAGCGGGGCCAUCAUGUCAGCCCUGUCGGACACCGAGAUCCAGCGGGAGAUCGGCAUCAGCAACGCCCUGCACCGCCUCAAGCUGCGCCUGGCCAUCCAGGAGAUGGUGUCCCUCACCAGCCCCUCUGCACCGCCCACGUCCCGCACGUCCUCUGGAAAUGUCUGGGUCACCCAUGAGGAGAUGGAGAACAUGGCAACUUCCACCAAGACGGUGAGGCUGGGCAGCCCCGGGGUGUUAGGGCCUGAGCAGCUCCAGGUGUGUUAACCCAGAGGGAAGGGGAUCCCUCACAUGUCAGCUCUUGGCCAGCACCCUGCAGCUCUUUAGAAACCCUCUUUCAACCUUUAAUGUCCCAGCAAUUUCUAAAAGUGUCUAAAACCCUAUCAGAUUUUUUCUCUUGUGGAAACCCCACUGGGUUUCUAGAGCAGAGGAGCUCUGGCUGUUUGGGAGUUCAAGACAAAACCCAGGAGUGAUCUCAUGACACGUGAGAUCCCCAAGUCAUUCUGCACCCAAGGAAGGCUCUAAUCCCCCACUGACCUCAGCACACCCAAACAUUGUCCCCACCAUGUGUCCCUGCCACUGCUGACAGCCUGGGCUCCCGUGCAGGGAUGUGUCCAUGCUCCCCAAAGCUCUGGCUCCUUUGGAGAGAUGGAUUCCCUGUGGUUGGAACCUGAUCACCCCUUACCUGUGUCUCAGAGCAGGGCAGCCUUCUGGAUUGUGUGGGAAUUGUGUGUCCAGGGCCAGGCUGGAGCACCCUGGGGUAGUGCAAGGUGUCCCUGCCCAUGCCAAGGUGACUUUAAUGUCCCUUCCAAUCCAAACAAGUUUGGGGUUUUUGAAAUAGACAUUUUAUUAAAGUUUUGUUGAGUAGCAGGGAUGUGCCACUGUCCCUUGGCAAGUCCUGUGAGACUGAGGAAAACCAGCAUGGGUUGGCAAAGGAGGAAAUGGCUACAAAAUCAGCUUGGGCAGGCCCCUGUGGGUUGUGACAGAUGUACUAAAUCUUAAUUCUCUUUCAUCCAUCUCACCUGGGAAGAUCUGAGAACUCUCCAUGUUUCCCAGGGAAGAUGGACAAGCCCCAGGGUUGGUGCCAAGUCCAGCCCAAGCCUCAUCAUAUCCUCACUUCUUCUCCUCACUUCUUCUCCUCACUUCUCCUCCUCCUCCUCCUCCUCCU